UGGUUUUGUUCGGUGACGUGAACGUGACUCUGGAUUAUUCUGCACGUACUCGUCGUCAGCGACGGACGUACCGCAUACUGUACUCCGUGCUUCGUAUUCAUUAUUCCGACUUCGUAGAGCUUACCCCGCAACGUCAUCAGCUGCAGUUUCACGUACGCUGCCCGGCCGUGCAAGGGUGUCCUCUCUCUCUUACCCGCCCAGCUCCCGAUACCCUACGGACAAGUGCGUGUCCGUAAUUGGCAAGUCUCGGUCUACUCACUCCGCAGUCGCACAUUCUGCCCGUAGGCAUAACCCGGAGACGUGCCAAGUGCCCCAAGAUAAAUUAACUGGACGCGAGCGCGCUUCAUUUGAAUGCCAAUCGAUUGACGGCUAGUUUUCCGAUCUGCAGCAGCCGUGCAGUGCGUGACCCGUAAGUGUAGCCGAAUCGGGCAUCCCCGACCCGCUUUCGCAGGAUAAUUGGAGACACGUACCACACGCGUUCGAGGAUGCGACCUUCAAUUGGAGUGUCCCGUCCUUUUGAAUCCCAAUCUGAAAAGAAACAAGUGCAAUAUUAAGUGAAAAUGUGUUAGUGGUAUAAACAAGAAUUUCCGGAAACAACAAACAAAAGAUCCAAACUUCCGAAUCGCAUACGAUCCUAUAUAACUCCCCUCUCCGAUCGUCAUGUUGCCGUAUCAAGCGGCCGUGGCCAUGGACUACGCCGGAUACCAGCGCCAGCCCACUCCCGGGCACCCGGGGUCCCACAUGCCAGCCACUAUGGGACCACUGGCGAUGCCCGCUGUUCCCUUCAGUCAUAGCUGGAUGGUGCCCACUCAGGAUCUUUGCGCCAUGCCAUACAACAAAAUUCCCGGACAUCAGCAGCCGCCUGGACCUGGCAUGCACGCCCAGCAGCAGCCCAUUGAACCGGGAAUCCUAGAGUUGCGCAAGGAGAAAUCUCGCGAUGCGGCGAGAUCACGCCGCGGGAAGGAGAACUACGAAUUCUACGAGCUAGCUAAGAUGCUUCCCCUGCCGGCGGCCAUCACUAGCCAACUAGACAAGGCCUCUAUCAUAAGACUGACCAUCAGUUAUUUAAAGCUGAGAGACUUUUCCGGACACGGCGAUCCACCAUGGACUCGAGAGGCAUCGAGCAGUAGUAAGCUCAAAAGUGCCGCUAUCCGUCGCAGUCCCGCCGUCGAUUUGUUUGAGCAACACCAGGGCACCCACAUUCUGCAGUCUCUCGAUGGCUUCGCUUUGGCAGUGGCGGGGGAUGGACGCUUUCUGUACAUAUCGGAGACCGUGUCUAUUUACCUGGGACUGUCCCAAGUGGAGAUGACAGGCAGCAGCAUCUUCGACUACAUCCACCAGGCAGAUCACUCCGAGAUCGCCGAGCAGCUUGGAUUAAGCCUGACGAGUGGCAGUGGCAGUGGUACAGGUUCCUCGAGCAGCGGAGGGGUGGGCGUCGGUGCAGGAACUGGCAUGGCCUCGCCCACUUCUGGAGCCUCAGAUGAUGGCAGUGGCACACACGGUACGAACAAUCCUGAUGUGGCUGCUUCCAUGACUCAAGCAUCGACAAGUGGCUAUAAGGGCUACGACAGGAGUUUCUGUGUAAGAAUGAAGUCUACUCUCACAAAACGCGGAUGUCAUUUUAAGUCAUCGGGGUACCGGGCCAGCGAUGCAUCGAGCAAUUGCAACGGUAACAAUAACAAUGCUAAAAAUGUUAAGAAUCCGGGCUCAAACUAUUCGGUGGUGCUGCUGCUUUGUAAGCUGCGUCCCCAGUACACCUUUUCCCACAGCCGAAAGUCUCAACCGCCACUCCUUGGAAUGGUAGCUCUGGCCAUCGCCCUACCGCCGCCCUCAGUCCACGAAAUCCGGCUAGAGUGUGACAUGUUCGUCACUCGCGUGAACUUCGAUCUGCGGGUCGCUCAUUGCGAACCAAGGGUGUCUGAUCUUCUGGACUAUGCGCCGGAAGAUUUGGUCAACAAAAGUAUGUACUCGCUGUGUCAUGCCGAGGACGCCAAUCGCUUACGCAAAAGCCAUACGGAUCUGAUCGAAAAGGGACAAGUGCUAACUGGAUACUACCGGCUGAUGAAUAAAAACGGAGGCUACACUUGGCUUCAGACCUGCGCUACCGUCGUCUGCAGCACCAAGAAUGCGGACGAGCAGAAUAUCAUCUGCGUUAACUACGUGAUCAGCAACCGAGAAAAUGAAAACUUGAUUCUGGACUGCUGCCAGUUAGAACCCAGUGUGGAUUGCAUCAAGCACGAGGAGGGGCUUGGAAACGACAAAAGCAGUGGAUCCCCUGGAGGGGAUGCCUCUGGCGAAGGAAACUCGCACUUAAGUGCCGGGGAUAUGAAGCUGAAUUCGCCGAAAACGGACUCAGAAGGACAUUCGCAUCGUGGCAGAGGACGCACAGCGGCAGCCUCCCACGGAAGCGGUCUGAAUAACCUCACUUUGAUUAAAGAAAAUGUCACCCCACUUGGUGUGGAGAGCGACGCCGGAGUGGGAGUUGUGCCCACUACCGUUGCAACCCCCUUACAAUCGGCCACAACAAACGAUACCAGUUCUGGCAACGGAGUGAACGCAAAGCGAAAACGGAAGACUAAGAGUGCCCAGCAAUCAGAGGAGCCAGGAAAAGAUCAAGUGAAUUCGGAGCAGCCUCUAGCAAAACUCCCAGCGAUGGAACAGAGAGAUCACCAGCCGCGGAGUCGACUGCCAUCAAUUGUGGAGGAGCAACCGACAUCAGCGGCGGAAUCAGCAGUUAAAGACCUAGAACAAGCUAUGUCCAAACACCUACCCUCACCGGUGCCUGUGGCCGUAACACAGACCUCGACAGAUUUCAGUACGGAUUCGCUGCUUAAGCAGCAGCAUCAAAUAGAUCCAAACGAAAAAAGUAGCACAAUACAAUGGAUAGGCACUCCGUACCAGCAACCUCCGGCUGCGAUGCCAGCUACUGCUCUUCUGAGGCAGCUUUAUGCCAAUCGAGAGAGUGUGAUUCGUGCCACAGCCAGGCAAACGCCGACUGGAGUAGGACCAGGCGUUUUCUAUGGGGAACAACAAAACGGGCCACUGCCCACGCCGCCAGGAAGCGAGAGCUCGUACGAAAACCAAUAUCUGCAACUUCAUUCUACUACCUCAGGAGGACAUCCUGGUAUUCAGAAAAGUUCUGCAGAUGCUUUUACCAACCUGGUAUCUACCUACGGGGGCUACCACAGCUCUAUUGACUACCACAAUGCCAUGACGCCACCAAGCUCAGUAUCUCCGAGGGAUUCGAAUCAGCCCGGAAAGGUAGCAUCUGUCCUUACCUCGAACGGCGGCUACGAAUACGCAACAGACCCAUUAAGAGGGCAAUAUGUAGCACCUUCGGCAGAAGCAGGACCGGUUGCUUUGCCGUUGAAACCGCAGGCGUACACGGCUACCAUGCACCCGUCAGCUAGCGGCACCACCACCGAAGGCGGCGUCACUUACAGUAAUCUGGACCAGCCGCAAUAUUUUGCUCCGCACUCAAGCUUUCACUUGUACCACAAGACGAGCCCAUCCAGUGGUUGGUACUCCACUCCCUCCUAGGUGCUCGAUGAUCAGGGCCAGACGCAGUGGUGCCAGCGAGACCAGCCUUUCAGCCAUCAAAAUCAAUACGAGGGGUCAUCCACAAGCACAUCUGGACGAUGGGACUUCGUUGGGGCGCUGGGUAAAGUGGCCAGAAUGUUUUUCAGCGCCAGAAAGUGAAAUACGGGAAAGAGGCGAGGUGUCUAGUGGAUAAUCCCUAACACGGGAAUGAGAGAGAAGAUGAAAGAAUGUUAGAAAAUUGAAACUGCAGUCAACUAAUUUUUGUAUGUUAUACAUUUUAUAAAAAUUCGUUCAAGUAAGUUUUUAGUUGAAUUGUGACGGCCCUGAGGCAUAAUUCAUAUUUGUUUUAGAAAAUCUUCCAUUGACCCAAAGAUUCGAAUUUCUUCUACCGACAUCUCCCUCUUGCAAUCCCGAGGAUUUGACUAGGGUUAGAGCCAAAUUUAGUGCGGUUAAAGCAUUCAUUGUUGUUGAAUAAUUUUUAAGUAUGUAAAUUAUGACACUCUCCACACGGACACAUAAACCCAAUGAAAUUAUAAAUACUCAAGAUGCAAUUGAUUUGAAUUAAAAUAUUAAACUGUAAGAAUUAUCUUAAUUACGAAUAGACCUAAACUAAGACUUGCAUACAGUGCCAAGUAACAUUUAAACGAGAAAACUGCGCUAUAAAUAAAUACAAAUAUGAUGAGCGAAUCAAAACUAGACGCGGCUUAAACUUCUUCUCUUCCCAACAAUUGUUAUUAAUUAUUUAAAUUAAUUUGUAAUUUUAAAAUUACUAAGUAAUGCGCAUAUAACUCCAAUAUAUAUUUACAAAUUUUUACAACA